UCUUUUUCCUUUUCCUCUCUCUCUCUCUCUCUCUAGUAUACAUCGACAUGGACGAGGACGAUCAGCCGUUGACGCUGCACUUCCGGCUGCCCGGUGGCCUCCAGUCCAGAAUGUGGGAAAUGAGAAUCGUCCAAUUGGACUUCGAGCAGCGCGCCCCUACCGGCUGCCUCCAGUACUUCGAAGGCAACAAUGGCACGUUGAAAUCUCUAAACUUUCUCUCGAAUGGAAGAUUUCUGGCCAACCAAGACUACUUACUCUGCAUCCGCCAAGAAAGAGGAAUGUGCGGAAUCUCUUACGCGCCCUGUUCACCCGACUCGUUCAGAAUAGGCCCUUCCAGGAUGCAAUCGGCGAAUUACACCUCGAACUCGAACGCGUCUGUCGCCGACCAGGCUCAUACAACGAAUCUCACCACGAGGAAUAAUAGCACCGAUACCGUGGGAUCUAUGAACGCCACCGAUAUCGAGGGAUCCGGAUCAAACUCUAUGGACGAUCUUCUGACCUCGAUGAACACGAGCAAUCCGAUGGAGCAAGAAGCAGAUCCGUCGGGAGGGAGCAGCAUUUACGGGCAAGAACGAUGCCGUGACAGGGUGCUCAUUCCCUGUGACUUCGAGGAAUUUAUCACGCCUGGCAACAACGAGGCGGGUAUUUGCAACCUUGAACACUGCGGCAAUUCACUGUGCGAUCGAAACGAGGUGGACGAAGAAGGCAACUGCCGCGUGGAGACUUGGGCAACGCCCUUUCGCAUCAGGGUGGCCUUUGGUCCUGGGGAGGAUACCGGGACCACGCUCGAGGACAAUAUUGGCAUGUGUCUCGUGUACGAGCAAUUAUCCUGCAUGGCUUGAAGGUACCGUGCCCUUCCAAGUGUGAUAAAUAAAUAGGAUGAAACGUGAAACGUUUCACCGGUUAUCCAAAGAUCAAUCGCGAUACGGUAUUCGAGGUGGACGAUGUAUUUUCGUGUUUGCCACGCUCGGAAAUGAUACGAAUGAAUGUAGUAAUUUUAAAAUAUAUGAGAGUUUAAACUUUUAUAGACUGUUUAUUGUUAUGAGGUGAAUUUAGAUGUAGAAAUAAAUAUAUAAAAUGGUUAUAUAGUUAUUUGAUUCAUUAUGUACACUAUGGCGUUUCAAUGAAUAAUCAAUCAAUGAUGAAAUUAACGAAACGUAAGAUCAAUAUAUUAUUGGUUAUUAGAAAAUAUAACAAUGAAAUAUUUAUUUGUUUUUGUUUGUGUUUAAAAGUUUAUUUUUGUGUCGAUUGUUUUUUAAAUAUACUCAAAAUUUUCACAUCGUUUUUUUCUUUUUUAAUCAAGAAGAUAUCCUAUCAAAAUUCUAAAAAAACAAAAUAUUAAAAAGUACAGUCUUUUUUGGCCGUAAAGACAAAAUUUAGUUCAACAAAAUUCCAACUACGCACAUUUUUUCUCAAUUUCAUACACGUAUAAGUAUUAAAUGUAUGUAUAGAAAAAACAAAAAAAAAAAGAUUAAAAGUAAAAAUUAAAGUUGUCCUUGUUGAACAAAUAUCAAGAAUAUUAAAAAAUUCUUUCUCUUCAUUGAACGUUCACUAUCAACUGUUAUUUUGAUCUUACGAAAUUAUUAUUUCAUUAGAUAAAUGAAACGAAACUUGUAUAGCGAAUAAGAACAAAAUCUAGUGAUCCCUAGAAUUCUGACUUCUAGGGAUACCGUGCUAAGCAUAGGGAGAAACACACAAAAUUGAAUUCAUCCCGAGACGACCGAUGUCAAAGAGUUAAAUAGUCUUUAUUUACAAACGAACUAGCUUAAAUCGCAAACGCAGCGCACAACUCUCGAUACAAUAAUAGAUAUAUAUAAUUUCGCUUUUUUUUUUUCUUUCCUUCAUUUCCAUUUUCGCCUCUGUUCUCUCUCGAUCACGCGUCACGAUCGUCGGCCACGACACGCCGCAGUUCAAGCCAAAAAUACACGAGUAAAUUUCGCAUCAUCUCACUCUCUCCAUCCCAUUUUAAACAUAUUAUUGGUUCCAUCGUUUUUUUUUUCAUCCCCAACGAUCUCUCUUCGAACUGACGCGGAAGAAGCCGACGAUGAUCACGGGGAAUCGCAGCGAUAACGAUAAUGAUGUUACAAGAAUAAAUUAUAAUGCUUAUUAAAUACAAUAAUGAAGGUGACGUCACGCCGGAAUUUUCGAAAGGAACGCCAUGAAUGCUCCUGACCAUAACACGGCGCGACGUUACGAGCUCCUCAUCAUCAUCAUCUCAUUUCUCUCUCGAUGAUUAUUACUUAAACUUCGUUCCAAUUUGUUCUUCAUCAUCUUCGUCUUCGUUCUUUUCUGGUUUUUCUUCUUUUUUUUUUUUUUCUCCCUUUCCUUUCAUCCAUUAAGUGUAUAACCGUAAUGAUAAGUAAUAAUUUAGGGAUGGAACACUCGAAAUUUUGAAAUUUUUCGAUGUUAAUUUUUCGAAACUGUCGAAACCUAGAUGAAGGAUAAUUUUUUUCAUGAAAAAAAUUUUUUUCCUAUUCGAUUCAACAUUACAUGACUAACUUGGUUGCACGAAGUUGAUAAUUUUUUUAUGGCAAAAAAGUGGACACUGUUAUUGAAAGAAAUCAAAGUUUCCAAUUAAGUUCUUUCCUUUAGUUCUCGAUAACGAAAAUAUAUAUCGAAAAUACACACUCCUUAGGCAAAAGAAAAGGAGUAAAAAGCAAUUUAUUCUAGAGUUUCGAGAGUUUCCAGACCUCGUCAAAUUUCAGAAUCUUGAAUUUCGAAUCUAAAAAUCAGGUUACGACCCAUCUCUAUUAAUAAUAAUAAUAACAAGAGAUAUAGCAAUAAUCGUGAUUGAAACGUCGACGAUUACCUCUCCCUGAGUAAUGAUUAUCCAGGUAGGCGGAGGCCGUCGACGCGUGUAUGAUGGCGCGUGUGUUUAAGAAAAAGUCGUACCUCUAUCUACGAAAGUCAAAAGGAACCGAUAAAACGUAGUGUGUGUGUGUGUGUGUGUGUAAAAGGGCGAUGGUGGUCAACGAACGUGGCGUGUACGUGUGUAGGUUAUGUGCAUUGUGUGUAUGCAAUGCGUGUAUUCGGCUCUCGCGUGUAUUCGUACGAUUCAGAUAUGUGUGUAUGUGCGCGUGUGUUAUGCUUCUUUGUACAGAGUCCUUACGAAUACGGCGCAUGUUCCCUCCCUCGUACCUGAUACCGUACUGCGAUAACUCGUGCUAACUUUCUCUCCUCCUUUUUCUUUUUCCUCCUCCCUCUCUCUCUAUCCUUAUCUUCCUUCCCC